AUGGACUCCAUCCCCAUCGAUCUCCUUCAUGCUUACCAUGACGAAGAACGUCGGAUUUUCUCCCGCAUGGUGUUUAUCCUUGGCUUGGAACCAAAUUUAUCGAUGAAGAUCAUAGCUUUUUGGUUGUGGUUAGAAGAAAACAAAUGUAAAGAUGUCGUCCAAAGGCUUAACUCCCUAGACGAUAGGUAUCUUCUUCGCGUUUGUGAUGUCGCCAAGUCAUUUUUGGAUUCCCUUCAACUUAGUUAUUCGUCUAUGGAUCAUGCCUAUCCUAGUGAAGGCCACUUCAAACAAGCUUUUCGAGAUGUUGCUAUUUGCGGUAUCAACUACUAUCUCGAUAAUGUGUGCCAUAAGGUUUUACUAGACAUCCGUAAGCAAGUCCAUCAAUCGUACAUUGAGAAGUUAGUCGAAGAAAUGGGUCGAGUUCAUUUUGGUUCUGAGUUUGUCAGGAAGACCGGAUGCUCUCACAUUCGAAUCGAAAAUUUUACUGAUGGUAGUAGAAUCAAAGAAGGUAAUUCCUAUAUGAUGCGGAAGGAGUUAACACCUCUGGACUUAAACAAGAUCAAAUCACGGAAUCGAUUCUUUGACAAUAUGCGAAAUAGUUUUCAGACGAACGAUGACUUUCUGCGGUGCGAAGAUCUAGUGCAGUAUCAUUCUACCACGAAGGAUGUAGCAAACUCUAGCCUCUCUUCCAAUGUAUCAUCAUCGACAAACCGUAAGAUCCCACGCGACGAGCGAACGUUAUUCGUGACAUUCUCUAACGGGCAUCCACUAAGUGAAGAACAGCUUCAAGCAUUUUUCAUGAGGCACUUCGGAGAUGUUGAAAGGGUAUAUGCUCCAGAGCGAGCCGAUAACAAGCCUCCGCUUUACGCUCACGUAACAUUUUGCUCGCCGGCCACCCUGGUGCGAGUUCUUAAUGGCAAUGGCAAUGUCAAGGUGAAGUUUGUGAUAGAAGGCAAACAACUCUGGGCUCGACGUUUCGUUCCAAAAAAUGAAUACAAGCAGCACCGUAAAUGAACUAUGGACAGAGCUCUUCCAUGCUGUACAUGUAUUACUUGAGCAAAACCAAGUUCUAAUUCGUCUCU